CAGCCAUCCAUCUGUUCUUCCAGAGCCUAUAAGGACCAUGACCACCGGAUUCAUCAACGAAUUAAUUGUUCUUGCCGGUCGCAGGCCACGGUUCAGUGCCGGUCCGCCGCUGGUUGCCGCCUGCCGGAGUUAUCACCGCUGCGAGUCAUCAUCACAGUGGUCGUCGACGACAGGGCGGAUAGCCUCCUCCUCCUCUGUCUUCCUCUCUUCCUCCCUGUUAGCGAGUUUCUUGCCUUGUUAUACACCUGCUAUAUGCUUCUACGGUUCUGGGUGUUGUUCCGUUGAAAGUGAAGAACAACAACAUGAUGUGAGUGGGGAUCUUCCGCAGCAUCAGUCAAUGACUCUAUGGCGGCGGGUACAAUUAAGAAGCAGACCACAGAGGUCAACCCGUCCGAAGACAACUUAUGUACUCAGCGAUUAUGAAGAGGAAUUGAAGAUGGUGAUGCCAACGAUUCUGCCGAGGUCACUGACGAUUCAGACUUUGAAGAUGAUGAUUAAAUGCAGAACAACUAAAAUUGUUGGAGUUUUUAAUCAAUGACAACAUUUUAAUCAAUGACAAAAUUGUUUUAGUAAAAAAAAGGAAGAAGCUUGUCAAUAAAAAGAAGUUUGUUUUAAUCAUGUUGUUAAUGUCAAUGGUAUAAAAGUGACAUUGUAAUAAUCUCAAUGUCAAUGAUAUAAAUGAUGACACCCAUCCUUGAGAGCUCCCUA